GGACGAAACCUCCGACAUCGUUGAUUCUUCCUCCGCCAACAUCGCAGUUGAUUUUCACUCGAGAAAUCACCAGUGUACUGCUUCUCUCUCCCCCCCCCCCCCCCCCCCCCCCCCCCCCCCCCCUCUUAGCUCGGAAUUGCGGCGAGCUGUGCUUUCUUUGAGGUCGAAGCAUGCUGCAAUGGUGGAGAUUUCUCAUCCUCGCGGGACGAAACAUUUCGUGAGUGGCUGCCCUGAAACAAUUUAUACCCCUUUUUUUGUUCAUGGGCGUUCUCUCUCUUUGGAAAGCAUGCCUAUUUACAAUCCAUUCGCGCCGUCUUUCUCUUUUCCUCCGCGAAACCCGCGCCUUUGGGAUGUACUGUGCAGCUUCCUCAGCCCUGGUAUUGGAUGACAACCAUGUGUUCGACGAAAGUCCCCGUGGAGAAACUUGCUCCUCAUUUGAAGAGUUAAUGGUUCCAGGAGACCGGCUUUCUAUGCCCAAGAGGGGAAAGUUAUGUCCUUUAGUCUCUAGAGUGCUGAAGACUCUAAACUGGGGUUAUGCUUGGGAGGUUGGGUUUCGCAGAGCUGUGAAUGAGCACGGACUUUUUCAUUCAAUGAAUGCAUUUAGGAUCACCGUGCACAUAUUUGCUUCCGCCCAAAUGCUAAUGGAAGUGUAUGCAUUGCUUAGAGACAUUGUUUGUUAUUACCAGGAGCAUGAGCUUGACAUGCACGAGCUGUUCCCUGCUUUACUCGACUCACCAGAAAGAUCAGCUGAUGUUUACAAUGUGUUGAUGAAAGUUUUCGCGGCAAAUUCCAUGCCUGAAAAUGGAUUGGAUGUGUUUCUGCAGGCUAAGAGCAUCGGGCUUGUGCCAAAUAUCUUAUCUUGCAAUUUCUUGCUGAAAGCUUUAGCUGAUGCAAAUAGACUAGACUAUGUCAGAAGCCUGUAUGAGGAUAUGAAAAUUUCCGGGCCAGUACCCAAUGUUUACACCUACACCAUCAUGUUGAACUGUUACUCUAGAAGGAAUUAUGCUCAGGAUGCUUUUAUUAGCCUAGCAGGUGAGGUUUUUGAAGAUAUGGAGAGAAGUGGAACGAGUCCAAAUGUUGUGACCUACAGCACCUAUGUCCACGGUCUUUGUCAUGUCGGCUGCAUGGAGCUUGCAUUAGACUUUAUUCGGGAUCUAUUGCGCCGAGGCCUGCCUCUGAAUAAUUACUGUUUCAAUGUUGUCAUUCAUGGUUUUUGUCGUAACGGUGAGUUAUAUGAAGCUUUGAAAAUCCUGGAGGAAAUGAGGAGCUGUGGAGUACUUCCAGAUGUCUACAGCUACAGUAUAUUGAUUGAUGGGUUCUGCAGAAAUGGGAAUGUCAAGAAAGGUUAUUCUUUGAUUGAGGAAAUGGCUCUUUACGACAUAAAGCCAACAUUAGCUACCUUUAGCUCCCUCUUCUAUGGUCUAUGUAAGGCUGGUCAUGCAGAUGUUUCCUUAGAUUUUUUCCGUCAUGUUGAGGCUCGGGGCUAUGAAUUUGACAAUAUCUCUUAUGACAUCUUAAUUAACGGGUUUUGUUUGCUGGGGGAUAUGGAUUCUGCCACAAAACUUUUUCAAGAGAUGGCCAAUAAGAAUGUUCUGCGGAAUACUUCCAACUUUAACAGUCUUAUUAGUGGAUUUUGCAAGACUGGGCAACUAGACAAAGCAUUGGAGACUUUCAGAAUCAUGCAACGUGAGGGGAUUGCCCCAGAUACUGUCACUUGCAACCUUCUUGUUGAUGGCUAUUGCAGGGAGGGGCAAUUGGAGGAAGCCUUGAAACUUGCAGAAGAAAUGAAUCAGUAUGAUAUUAGCCCCAACGCUUAUACGUAUACUGCAAUAAUUAACAAACUCUGCCAGGAGAAGAGACCUGUGAAGGCACGGGAGCUUAUUCCUCUGUUGCUUAAGAAGAAUAUUCUGUCCGAACUUACCGUGUACAGUACUCUUAUGGAUGGCUUUGCAAAAUGCUUCAUGUUUAGGGAAGCGCUGAAGUUGUAUGCAAGAAUUUUAAAAGCUGGGACUAUGCCUGAUGUUGUGAUGUAUACAAUACUCAUCAAUGUAUUUUGCUCCAACAGCAAAAUGCGUGAAGCUUACCGUCUAUUUGAGGAGAUGAUGAAGAUGGGUGUGAACCCAGAUACUGUAUCUUAUACAUCGAUCAUCUCUGGGUUCUGUAGAGUUGGAAAUAUGGAGAAGGCUUGGGCAUUGUUCAGACAAAUGUUGGGACAAGGCAUUCUGCCCAAUGUAUGCACUUACACCUGUCUAAUUCAUGGGUUCUGCAAGCUGAAACGCUUAGAUAUUGCCAAGUUUUUGGUGGAUGAGAUGAAGAGAACAAAAAUUGCUCCAAAUGUGGUGACUUAUACUGUUCUGAUGGCUGGGUACCUAAGAAUUUGCCGUACAGGUAAAGCAGAACAUGUUCUUCACGAAAUGGAGGAGAAGGGGAUUGUGCCCGAUGAUGUUACCUACUUAAUACUCGAGCGUGAAACUGAGUAUGCUUAUGGAAAACCAGUAGGAUGAAGAAAUGAUCAGGUGACAACCUUAAGCCGGACAAUCUUUUUAUCAUUCAAUUAUUUCGAAUUUCUCUCUUGAGGGUAUCAACUUGAGGGUUCCGUGAGCAACUGUACUCCUAUCUCUCAUAUUGAGAUCGAUUGGAUGACCCAUUGCGUUCUCUGGCCUCAUAAGCUGAGCUUCAAGUCAAACCCAAGUGGCAAGAAGAUGAGAUGUGGAUGCUGAGCUAAAUGAUAUUCAAAGCAUGAUGGACUUUGCCUGACAAAUUCAGUUUGUGUGAAAGAGUAUUAACAGAGAUCAGAUUCCUGCAGGCUGAGUUAGCUCUCUGGGGGUUGCAAUCUACAUGACUUCCACUCAAAUUACCUUCGUUUGUAUCGCCAUUGGGCCACAGGUAGAGAAUGAUUGCCUGGGACGUAUUUAAUCUCAUGGUGAAAGUUCACGAGUUGCAUCAGUCCAUGGUAUUUAUGGUGUGAUAUGUAUGAUUGCGGUUUUGUGCUCUCGCCGUAAUUUUUCUCUCCUGUUGAUAGAUAUGAUGAUGGAGAAGUUGCAUUGUCUAUGUAGGUCAGCAGCUAUUCUGCUGCUGCCUGUGUUACUCCACUUGUGUUCUCCAAGUGAUGCCUUUUAUUGGAAGACUUGCAGUCGGGUCGAGUCCUAUUCGAGCCCAACUUAAUUUACUAUUCUUCUUCUCAUCUCGAUUGGAUUAAGUUCGACCACUUUCAAUAUAUACACCUGUGGUUUUCGGAUUCAA